GUUGCAGAAAAGCCUCCGCUUGCAGGCAAACAGCUGGGCCCAGAAUGCUUCGCAGCGGCUGCAAAGCGAUGCCUGGCACGCCUGCUUUGAGUCCGUCUCAGUCCGUGAAGCCAAUCUGACUGCAGAAGAGGAUUCUCGCGGAUAUGCCGUGAGAUCGGAUUGGGUCAGUGGUCCGAAUGCUGUGUUCCGCUUUGUGCUUGGUUGCUUUCUAGACCGAACGUGCGGAGACUACUCUGCCUUCUACUUCAUGGAGUUCGAUGCCGUCCCCAUUCGACCCGGCUGGCUGGAACAGUUCAUCUUGGAAGCUUUCACAUACCCGCCAGCUGCUAUCCGCGGGAGCCGCUAUCGAGGCGAGCUUUCUAGAGGUCUCAUCGUCCUCUGCCCGUGGCCAAGGCUUUUCCACAUCAACGGCAAUGCUGUCUACAACAUCUCCCAUCCUUGGCUGAGAUUCCUUCAUCAGCAGCUUGAGGAGGAUGCAUCAGCUGGCCGAAGCAGUGUGGCCUUCGACGUGCGGAUGGCGAACCUUACCAUGGAGCUCUGGAAUGCGUCGGAGGACAUGCCCUACAGUGCUGACUCUCUUCUCAUCGGCAACUAUGCUCAGACGCUGUUAAACUCCAGCGCCUUGUAUGAACGGUACGAGGGCGCAGUGAAUUUGCUUGUGGAAGGUGAAUUUGCAAGUGGUGCCUCUGCCGGCCGAGGCUUCCAAAGCCCGGAGUUUGUGCGCCACGGCUCCAGGUCAAACGUCUUUGAGAACGUGAAUGAGUCGGAGAUCACCCUGGGCGUCAUUGCCAACUCCUUG